AUGAGGAUUACUCCAUUCUUUGUACCGGAUCCCAUGAUGGUGAAUCCGAACAAGGCUCCUGGAGUUUCCUUCAAGCAUUCCGUCUCGUUUCGCGGUCUAGUGGAAGUUCCUCGACCAACAUUCGACCAUAUCCCGGCUUCACUUGUUACGCUUUAUGUUUCUAAUACAGCAUGUAUAUUACCGUCGCACGUCUACAGACUGAUUGGAGAUUACUACCAUCCUGAAGAUGUAUCUGAAUGCUGA